CCCUCCACGGCCGCGGACCGCAGGGGGCGUGGAGGAGGAGGAGGAGGAGGAGGAGGAGGAAAAGAAGGAGGAGGAGGAAGAGUAUUUGGGGGCGGCUCGGAGCAGGUGGUGCUCAGUGUCGCCCUGGGAAGCGGCCAGUUCGGAGCGGUCCCGGCCCGACCUCGCCCCGCGCCGGCCAUGGGCUCCGCGGGCACGGCGCCUCUGCUCCUCGCGCUGGGCAUUCUUCAUAACUGCUGUGAAGCCUACAAUGUUGGGCUCUUGGAAGCAAAAAUAUUUUCUGGUCCACGAAGAGAGCAGUUUGGAUAUUCAGUUCAACAGUUUAUAAAUGAACAAGGCAAAUGGUUGUUGGUUGGUUCCCCCUGGAGUGGCUAUCCUGCAAACAGAACUGGAGAUAUAUACGCAUGUCCUGUUGGUGUGUCCAAAAGCACAUGUAAAAAAUUGAAUUUACAAGCUUUAAUAAAUAUUCCAAAUGUGACUGAAAUUAAAAAGGACAUGAACCUUGGCUUGACUCUGAUACAGAACUCAAAAACUGGAGGAUUUUUGACUUGUGGUCCCUUGUGGGCACAGCAGUGUGGAAGACAAUACUAUGCAACAGGAGUUUGUUCUGAAAUCAGUCCAAGUUUUGAGAUCUUAAGAAGCUUUUCUCCAGCUGUUCAAAAGUGUUCCUCUGUUAUAGAUGUUGUGGUGGUUUGUGAUGAGUCAAACAGCAUUUAUCCCUGGGAUGCAGUGCGGGCAUUUUUGAAAAAAUUUGUCCAAGGCUUAGACAUAGGCGUUAACAAGACCCAGGUGGGUCUAAUUCAGUACGCGAAUGAUCCCCGAGUAGUCUUCAACUUGAAUACAUAUCAAACCAAGGAUGAGGUUGUUAAAGCAAUGGAGAAAACAUCUCAGAAGGGAGGAGAUCUCACUAAUACUUUCAAAGCCAUUGAUAAUGCCAGACAGUAUGCCUUCUCAGCUGAGUCGGGAGGACGCCCGACAGCCACAAAGGUCAUGGUUGUUGUGACAGACGGUGAAUCACAUGAUGGCUCCAGACUGAAAACAGUGAUAGGUAAAUGCAAUGAAGACAAUAUAACCAGAUUUGGCAUUGCUGUUUUGGGAUACUUAAUAAGGCAUGAGCUUGACACUAAAAACUUAAUUAAAGAAAUCAAGGGAAUUGCUAGUCACCCAACAGAGAAGUAUUUCUUCAAUGUGUCAUCUGAGGCUGCACUACUGGAAGAAGCAGGAACGCUUGGAGAACGCAUUUUUAGUAUAGAAGGUACUGAUCAAGGUGAUACUUUCCAAAUGGAAAUGUCACAGGUGGGCUUCAGUGCAUCUUACUCACAGAAAAAGGAUGUUCUGCUGCUGGGUGCAGUUGGGGCCUAUGACUGGAGUGGAACAGUAGUUCAGGAGUCUUCAGACAGAGCCACCACCUUUCCAAGCCAUGUGUUUGAGAAGAUUCUACAGGACAGAAAUCAUAGCUCAUAUCUAGGUUAUUCUGUUGCUGUUCUCUCAACUAUGAGCUCUGUCUAUUUUGUUGCUGGCGCACCAAGAUCCAACUACACUGGCAGAGUGGUGGUUUAUAAUGUUGACAGUGAUGGUAAUGUUGCAAUUGUGCAGUCACAGAGAGGCGAGCAGAUUGGCUCCUACUUUGGCAGUGUGGUGUGUUCAGUGGAUGUCGACAGAGAUUCUGUGACAGAUGUGCUGCUUGUGGGUGCACCAAUGUUUAUGAAUGACCUAAAGAAGGAAGAAGGGAGAGUAUACAUGUUUUCCAUCACAAAGAGAAUCUUGGAUCAACAAGAACUCUUGGAAGGUCCACAGGGAUCAGAAAAUGCACGCUUUGGAUCAGCAAUUGCAGCACUUGCAGACAUUGAUUUGGAUGGUUCUAAUGAUGUUGUAAUAGGUGCACCACUGGAAAACCAAAACUCAGGAGCAAUUUACAUUUAUAAUGGAUUUCAAAAGACUAUACGUACCAAAUAUUCUCAGAAAAUCUUAGGAUUGGAUUCUGCUUUUGGACAAAAGCUCCAAUUCUUUGGAAGAUCAGUAGAUGGCCAUAGAGACUUAGAUGACGAUGGCAUUACUGACAUAUCGGUUGGUGCUGAUGGAAAUGUGGUUGUGCUAUGGUCAAGAGGCAUUGCAAAUGUGUCCAUAACUGCUUCAUUUAAACCCGAGAAAAUCAGUCUGCUGAACAAGAGUACAGAUAUAACUGUCAAAAUAUGUUUUCAGGCUUCAUUUAGACCUGCUAAGAAAAAUAAUCAAGUGGCUAUAAAGUACAAUGCAACAUUGGAUGCAGAUCUCCAGUCCUCCAGAGUGACUUCUAGAGGAUUUUUCAAAGAAAAUAAUGAAAGGUACAUGCAGAGGGAUCUUGUGGUGCAUCAUGAAGAGAAUUGUGUUCAUGAUGUCUUCAGUGUACAAGAGCCUUCAGAUGCCGUGAAUUCUCUCAGUUUGCGCAUUGACAUUGGUCUUGCAAAUCCUGGCUCCAGCCCUGUCCUGGACAUAUCUUCUCCAGCAUCUGUGGCCUAUAGCAUUCCUUUUAUUAAAGACUGUGGUGAAGAUGAACUUUGUAUCUGUGAUCUUGUUCUGAAUGUUCAGCAGAAGGCAGAUGACAGCAAGCAACAGUUUAUUGUCAGCAGCAAAAACAGAAGACUAACAUUCAACGUGAAAUUGAGAAAUAAAAAGGAAAAUGCAUAUAACACCAGAAUCCAGGCUACGUUUUCAGACAACUUGUUUUUUGCUUCAUCUUCUUUACCGAGUGAUGGGACUGAAGUCUCGUGUCAGACAGGAACAGCACAGAGUACAGUCAUUUGCCAAAUAAGCUAUCCUGUAUUCAGAACAGGACAACAGGUAUCCUUUGAUAUUAGCUUUGAUUUUAACCUUAAAAAUCUUCAGAAUGGGGCAGUUCUAAGUUUUCAUGCAUGGAGUGAAAGUAAGGAACAGCAAGACUCGGACAACCAGGUCGCCUUAUCAAUUCCUUUGCGAUAUGAUGCGGAGAUUCACUUCACAAGGCUUGCCAAUAUCAACUUCUAUGAAGUAUACUCUGGUCAUAACAUUCCUUCCACUGUGAAUAAUUUUGAAGAUAUUGGCCCCAUGUUCAACUUCUCAGUUAAGGUAACAACAGGAAGUAUUCCAGUAAAGAUGGCAACUGUAACAAUCAAUCUUCCCGAACUGACCAGCAAAGGCAACCCACUGAUGUACCUAACUGCAGUCACCACAGAUGAGGCCAGAGGUGUUACUUGUGAUGCUCAGAUAAAUCCACUGCAAAUAGGGAAAAGACCUUAUUCUACAUCUUUCAUGAAGGAGAACUUCAGAGCUUCCAAAGAACUGAGCUGUAAGAAUGCAAAGUGCAGUACCAUCACAUGCAAACUGGAAGACAUUGCACUGAAGGGAGAGUAUUUUGUGAAUGUGUCCACCCAAAUCUGGAACGGAACCUUUGCUGCCUUAAUUUUCCAGACAUUACAACUCUCUGCAGAAGCAAAAAUUGACACAAAUAACCCUGAGUUAUUUAUCAUUGGAGAGAAUACCCUAACUAUCCCAGUUACAAUAAUGAAGCCAGAUGAGAAAGCUGAGGUACCAGUAGGUGUUGUGAUUGGCAGCAUAUUGGCUGGACUCCUCUUGCUGUUGGUACUGGUUGCUGUUUUGUGGAAACUUGGCUUCUUCAAGAGACAGUAUGAGAAAAUGACACAGGAUAUAGAAGAUGUGGAUGAAAUCGCAGAACUCACAAAGGACAAAGACUGAAGACGAGUUACAUGGAUAAAGAGAUCUGAGCCACCAAUAGUAGUUGUGAUCAGUCAGUUCUUCAGCUGGAGUGCCUUAAAGCUUAGUAACAUUUAAACAUUUUUAAAAGUGUCUUUAUAGAUGAAAUAUUUUACAGAUUCUACUCUAUUGUAAGAGUAACUGCAGGACAGUUUGGUUUUUUCAAAAAUGAUUUAUAAUGCCUUUUCUUGUAAAUUUUUGCCUUUCAAACAAACUUAACCCUUAGAACUGGCAGGUCCGAAGUAUACAGUAACAUACUGUUCCAGCAGCCCUUCUCUUGAUCCACUGCAGAGUGAAACAGAAGAAUUUAUUUCAGAUUAUUGUGGAACAGCAUCAGUUGGUAAUUCAGUUGACAAGUACCACAUGUGUUAAAGGACAUUUUCUAUUAAGUUGAUGAUGAAUGUGUGGUGAAUACUGCUUCCACACUGGAAGAAGAAAAGUCAUUUUUUCAAUGACUAGCUCCAUCCUUAUUGUUUUAGAAAAAUAAUUUCCACCAGCAAACCUUUGCUUUAACUAAUCUAUAAACUGGGAACUGUGUAUGAAGAUGUCUGUCUGGGUGCUACAGGACAACUAGUUGGGCAAAGUCUUCCAAAAGUUCACAUAAUUCUUGCACUAAGGUCACAACUAAAUUACUGAAGGAUAUUGUUUUGGGGAAGUAUUGCCAAAUGGUGUGUAAAACUGUCUUCUGCAUACUUUCUCCCUGAGAAGAAAAUAUUAAUUUCAUAAUCACUUACAGCAUGUUCUCUGCAAUGUUAUUACUCAUUUUCAUCUUGAGAAGCACUACCACUACUGUUAUGCUGGCCUUUAUACUCUCGGUCCCUCUGAUAUCAGUUUGGCUUUUGACAUAAAUAGGAAAGACAGUCAAGAUCUUGCCUUUAAUUCUGUACUGAAAGAUUUUGCAAGAGUAAGAGCAUAGAGUGAACUAAAGGGGAUAGCUGACUGAGGAAUGAUGCACAUUACAAAAGGGGAUAGUGAAGAUCUAAGCUCUAUAAAAUGUUUACUGCACUUCUUUAGCAUCUCAGUGCCCUCCAGGAGACCAAAGUUCAGUACAACCUCCUUACCUGUCACAUUUUUUUUGGUCCUACCUGUUCAUGUCUUGAUGAAGUUAACUUAUGUUUUAUAUGGUGAAGUACUGUAGUGCUCUGGAAUGAGCUCUAAGCACAACACUUGGGUGACUUUAUGUUGGUUACACACCUCAAAUUUAUCACAUGCUGUUACGCUGCCUGGUUAUAGUGAAAGCUCAGUCUGUAAGACUGGUAAUAGUCAGGAGAUUUGGCCUCUUGGCUGCCUUUCUCUCUCAUGCCUGGCAGUUACACGUACAAUUGAUUGUGAGAGAAGAUGUUUGUGUUUUUCGUAUCUAUGCUGCCAUGCAAGUGAGAUUGUUUCCAACUUCAGGUGAUUUACUUGAAGAGUAAAACAUGCAAAUGUGCCUGACUGAGAACACAAAGUCAUGGUUUCUUCCCCCCCAAAGCUGGAUUGUAAUUAUGCUUAGGCACUUUUACAUUAUUUUCUGAGGGACUAGGCUUAAGCACAUUUGAAAGUUUUACUCAGUCUUUUUUGAUAGCUAAUCAGUCAAAAGCCAACCAUGUCUUUGGCAAAUAACAGCUUCAUUUGCAGCAACAGCUGGAUUAUGCUCAGUGUAGUUUUAUAUGUGUUUUGAAUUUAUUUUGUAUCUAUGAAAUGUUAUGUUUUGGGAUAUUUUGUUGUGGUUUUUCUAACAUUCUGAAAAACAAUUCAGAUUCUUAUAUCAAUUAUCAAACAAGAUUCUUGCUAUCAGCUGAGUCUGUGACCAAAACAAAUAUUUAAAAAGUGGGGGAAAAAAUAGCAAUUGCAUAAAUCUAAAGAAUAAGCUCCUGACUUGUAAUUAUAAACUUUGAGGGCAAAUGUUCUGAGAGUAGAAAAUAAAAAAUUUGUCUGCCUCAAUUCUUAUAUAAACUUGUGCAGAAAAAAAAAAAACCCUACAGCCAUGUAUGUGGGAAGCUCCUACAUAAUCAGGGUCAUGCACUCCAGAGCAGAGGGGGAAUUUCACAAUACACCAGAUGGUAGAAUUUUCAGUUUCUGGUGCUGCCUACCGGGCAAUUCAGGCCUUGACCCAGAUUUGCUUCUUCCGCCUUCAGUGGGAGGUACAGGUCAAUAUCCAAUAUGCAACUUCUCUGGGGAUUUAACAGUUUAUCAAUCAGGUAGCAAUGAUUCAAUUCACUAGCCUUCACUGGGUUAUAUUUUGACAUGAACAAUAUAAUUCUCCUUCCCAGCCUGGACACAAUACUGCUUUUCCAAAAUAAAGGGGAGACAUAGCAAUGGGUAAGGUUUUUGUAUCCUAACCACUCCAAGUUACUAGUUUAUUUUUCUUUUACAAUUAAUACUUAAAUGGAUAAUUCAGUUUUUGUAAUGGGUAAGUCUAUUGCACUUUUAAGUUGGCACAGCUGCAAAUAAUACUGGAAAUAUUAUGUAUAUUUUGUAUUGUGUGCAAGGGUUUGGUUUGUUUUUUUCUUUUAAAUUUACUUUUUUAAAGCAGCUUGUUUUAAGUACCCUGAAAUUUUGAGCUUCAGCAUGUACUUUUGUUUGCGCUUGCAGCAAGAAAAAUCGACAAUAUUGUCAGCAAACUCAAGUUAUAUCUGAUUCUGGUCUUGAAAUCUAGCUGCUGAUUUCCUGAAGUACUAGAAUCAAGUCCAAAAUCUGAGUUGGUUUCAUAUGAGCCUAUGUAUAAAUUUGGAAUAUACAAGAGAGUUUAUAAUAAAGCUGACUUCUAAAAGCUAGCAUGUAAGCUCUAUGGCAGCAGGGAUUGUAUCACUGUGGUGGCCUGUCUGAGGGCUAACAGCAUUACUGCAAUAAAACCCAAGACUACUGCUGAAUGCAGACUCAUUUAUUUUUAGACAGCACCCUAAAGAGAAGCAAUGCUACUGAAAAAGCACUGCAUAAAAUGGGGCCAAAUACGGCUUUGUCCCAGUAGCACACAGUGAGAAUCUAAGGGGAUAAUUCUCCUAGGUAGACAAUGACACUGCACCUGAAGUCUUGCAGAUCACAGUCCAGAGUGUAACAUAACCAGUAAGGUGUACUGUAACCCAGCUGACGUAAGUGCAAAGUAUUUGGAAAGCUCUAGCUGAGUAGAUGUUGUUGAAACAUUACCAUGGCCAGGCCUUCCUAUAAGCAUGGGCUUAUCAUCAGUGCUAUCUAAAAUUACAACCCAUUCUGCCAGUCUCUGCACUUUACCUAUUUACAGAAUUGGUCAGCAGUAACAUGUCAUGACUCUGGCUCUGGCUACACCCCACCAUAUGUUGGAAAAGCUGAAUUCAACUUUCCAGCAGGAACAAUGUUCUAAAAGAAGAGAGGGAGGAACUUGGCUAUGAAUAGAAAGAUGAGAGGAAGACAGUAUUGUCAGAAACUACCACCUGAAAACUACACACUUUCACAGAGCUUUCAAUUUCCACUUUCAAUUCCUCCCCACUUUUAACAGUGGUACAUAAACAUUCAGGUAGGCUACCAAUUUCAACACUUCCAUCAUACAGUAUCAGAUGAACCUAAUCUUAAGGCACAAAGUUCUGUCUUUCAGCAAGUCUAAGUGUUUUGCAGAAUUGCAAGCCAGAUUCCCUAUAUACUGACUUAUGUAUGUGCUGGUUUUGACUGGGGCAGAGGUACAUUUCUUGACAGUAGCUGGUAUGUGUUUUGGAUUUGUGCUAGAAAUUGUUGAUAACUCAGGGAUGUUUUAUCUGUCACUAAGCAAUGCUCACAGAUUCAAGGCCUUUUCUGCUCUUCACCCCAUCUCUCCAGCAAGGAGGCUGGGGUUGCAUAGGAAAGUGGGAAAGGGACAGAGAUGCAACAACUGCCCACAGCUGACCGCAGGCAUUCGGAGUGUUUGGUGCUUGUCUUCCCAAGCCACUGUCACAUGUAAUGGAGCUCUGCUUUCCUGGGGUUGACUCAACCUGCCUGCCAAUGGGAAGUGGUGAAUGCAUUCCUUGUUUUGCUUUGCUUGCAUGACCAGUUUUUACUUUCCCUAUUAAA